AUGGAUAAAAUCAUAGACAGAGUCAAAGAAGUAGAUGCCGGAUAUACGAUGGGCGCACAUGUAAUAAAGAUAUUAUGUUACGCAGAUGACGCUGUUAUUAUGGGAGAGAAUGAGGACGAUGUCCAAAGACUCCUAUUCGCCUUUACCAACGCAGCAGAGUCCUUUAAUAUGCAGAUUGCUACAGAAAAAACAAAGUGUUUGACAGUAUCUAAAACACCAUUAAGGUGCAAACUGGUAGUCCAUGAUAAACCGAUUGAGCAAGUGAUGUGCUUUAAGUAUCUUGGCGUCAACAUCACAUCAUGCAGAGAUUUAAGGACUGAAAUCAAAGGUCAAGCAAACAAAGCAUCGUUAAUCUCUGGAUGCCUGCGCGGUACUGUUUGGAAAAAUAAGUACUUGAGCACAGCUGGCAAGGUUAAAAUAUAUAAAGCCUGUAUGAGACCCGUUCUAACUUAUGCUCUAGAAUGCCGAGCAGACACCUCAACAACCAAGCAGCUACUUAGAACUACAGAAAUGAGGACUCUGAGGCAAAUAACUGGUAAAACCCUAAGAGACCGAAUAAGAAGUGCCGACAUCAGAAAACAAUGUGACGUGCAAGAUGUAGUUCGAUGGGCGAGACGGAGAAGACGUGGUUGGAGAGAACACGUAGAAAGAAUGGACGAAAAUAGACUUGCAAAGAUCGCCUAUAACAACAUUCCACAGGGUCGCCGCCUCCCUGGACGCCCUCCAAAAAGGUGGCGAGAAUGCUGGACGAGCCAAUCUCAAGAAGGCGCUGUUUAG